UCACAAAAAUGCCUCCAUUUUUUUCCUAUAAAGUUGACGCCCUCUAGUUACGUAUCUACAAACAUCUCACUGACUGGAUUACAGAAAUGUACUGUAUACAGGCAAUUUGCAAUUGUAAUUAUGCAUUCUGGAUCCGAUACAUGGAUGUAUCGAGACGCAAGACGCAACACAUUCAUUAUUUUUGAUUGGCCGCGCAAUGCAGCCGUUACGAUAGCCCACAAGACGCGCAUCUCGUUCGGCUAUUGGCCACAAGCAUCGACUACAGAAUUAUUGAAAUGUACAUACCGACUUCACCCGACUUUCGAAAACUCAUAGACUCGCGCAUAUACAUAAUUCGCGGCGGAGACCGCGCGUAUCACUACAGAAAUCGUAAUCAGCCCGUGAUAACGUGAUUAUAUACCGGCGCAGAGGAGCCACAGUGUUUCAGCAUAACGCCAAGCAACGGCAUACGUCUCGGUAUUCUAUUCGUAAUCAUAACAAUGGAGUCGGAAGGUUGUCGGACGCUCGAGAAACGUGAUGUAACGUUGUACGUGUAACGUAUUCUCGAGCGUAUUGACACCGGCAUUGAAACAAGUACCGAAUGUCUGUAGUUCGUUCGUUAUGAGCGUGAAUGAACAACCGCCAUCAGAAAUUGCUUGACAGCUGUUCAACGUCUGACCGUGAUGCGCGUUGACUUAUUUUUUCCGAGAUUCAAAAGCGCAGCCGUACGCACCGUUCGUACGAGCUCGUGAUCGCAAGUGAUUUACGAUGAAACUGGUGUGUGGUCGCGACGCGUCGCAACGUGGAUCAGCCCCAGCAUAAUCGUUCGAUCUGAAUGUUUUCCUCAAUUAUCAUUGUGCUCGAGGAACAAUUUGCGGUGUAAUGGCAGCUCAUAAGACGGGCGGGCAGAGCGCCCGAAAGAAAGUCCAGGUGUCCAUGGUUAUAAGAGACGAAGUGGAGAAGAGACACAGAGCUGGAAUCAACUCCUUACAAUACGACCCAGCUUUGCAUAGGCUUUAUUCCGCGGGUAGAGAUAGUAUUAUAAGAAUAUGGAAUUGCAAAAAUAUGAAGGACCCAUAUAUUCAAUCAAUGGAACAUCAUACAGAUUGGGUGAAUGAUAUAGUAUUAUGUUGUGGUGGCAAAAAUCUGAUAUCAGCCAGCUCUGAUACAACAGUAAAGGUAUGGAAUGCGCAUAAAGGCUUUUGCAUGUCCACGUUAAGGACACACAAGGACUAUGUGAAAGCUUUAGCUUAUGCUAAAGAUAGAGAGCAAGUGGCUAGUGCAGGUUUAGAUAAACUGAUCUUCCUGUGGGACGUUAAUACAUUGACUGCCCUUACAGCUAGCAACAACACAGUAACAACAUCGUCGCUUAGCGGAAACAAAGAUUCAAUAUACAGUCUUGCCAUGAAUCAGACUGGAACAGUUAUAGUAAGCGGAAGCACAGAAAAAGUUUUGAGAGUGUGGGAUCCGAGACACUGUAACAAAUUGAUGAAACUUCGUGGUCACACGGAUAAUAUUAAAGCUUUAGUAUUAAAUAGAGAUGGAAGCGAGUGUUUGUCGGCAAGUUCCGACGGAACUAUUAAACUUUGGUCGUUAGGACAGCAAAGAUGUAUUCAAACGUUUCGAGUACACACAGAAGGUGUUUGGGCUUUAUUGGCAACAGAUUCCUUCAGCCAUGUGUUAUCAGGGGGAAGGGAUAAAAGAGUUGUAAUGACUGAAUUAAGUUAUCCCGAAAGGUAUACCGUUAUAUGUGAAGAGCAAGCACCUAUACUAAAGAUGGUUAUGAUGCCUGACCAGUCUAGCAUUUGGGUGGCAACCAGCGAAUCGACUAUAAAUAAUUGGACUAUAAGUCAAAAAGAUUGGCAGGACUCAGGAAUUGGUGAUUACUGCGACUCAGCUACCGGAGUGUCUUCAAAUGUUUUACGUAACACGGAACCUGCACAAAGAAUAUUGGGUGGACCCGCGAUAAGGCAUUGUCAUGUUUUAAACGAUCGUAGACACGUUUUGACGAAAGAUACAGAAGAGAAUGUAGCCUUGUACGAUGUAUUAAAGGCGUGCAAAGUUGAAGAUUUAGGAAAAGUAGACUUUGAACAGGAAAUAAAGAAAAGAAAUAAAAUGGUAUACGUUCCGAAUUGGUUCAAUGUCGAUCUUAAAACAGGAAUGUUAACCAUUCAUUUAGGUCAAGAUGAAAACGACUGUUUUUCUGCAUGGGUCUCUGCAAAGGAAACUGGCCUCGCUGAAAAUGAUGCUGUUGAUCAAAAAGUGAAUUAUGGAAAUCUUUUGCUGCAAGCUUUACUCGAGCAUUGGUGGAGACCGUUGCAUGCUGAUGAUGAGAAUGAAGGUAGUAGUAACGAUGGUAAUGGUCCUAUACAUACGAGGGGAGGAAAUCCAUACUUUUCAGUACCUAGUCACACACCUCUUAUAUUUAGCGAAGUGGGAGGAAAAACUUUGUAUAGGUUACUAGUUAGAGAUGCUGCAGGAGAAACAGAAGGAGGAUUAUUAAAUGAAACUGUACCAGCGUGGGUGGUCAAUAUUGUUGUGGAUAAGAAUCUUCCACAAUUUAUUAAAAUACCUUUUUACCUCCUUCCACAUGCCACAUCUGGUGUAAAGAGUUUGAAGAAGGAUCGUUUAAUCGCCAACGAUUUUAUACAAAUUCGUAAGGUGGCGGAGCAUGUUUGCGACAAGGUGCUUGGUGCAGGAAGUGAUUCAGGAUCAGUAGCAGGCACUGGAAAUACAGUUUCUGGUGGUUCUCCGGCUGGGGAUAGAGCAAAUACGGAUUCGAACGCUGAUAAUUCUUCGCUGGCCGAAGAAAAGGUGGAAAUUCUAUGUAACGAUCAGGUUUUGGAUCUUUCUAUGGAUUUAAGAACGGUAAGGCAUUUAAUUUGGAAGAGUUCGGCAGACUUGACGUUUCAUUACCGGCCUGUCAAAUAGUUACGACUGAGUACAUCAGAACAGGAAUCUCUAAAGUGUGCCUGGUUUUUCACUAUGGUAAGAGUAACUGGAGAGAUAUGGAGUAGUUGUAGAGUCUGGCACUUUACGUUACCUCCUUUUCAUGAGAUGUUCGAUCGACUUUUAACGGAUGGUUCGUUGAACGUCACAUCGGACGAUGAAUUAAAGCCAAGUAACAUACAGAGUACUUGAUACUGAAUGCGCUCAGAGGCAAUAAUGUGUGGAAGUAUUAGCAUGAGUUGCUCAUGUUUGUAUAUUUAUGUCCUGAGGCCAAACUUAUCCCUGAAAUGCGGUGGAAUGCUGAUUUCAGUUAGGUCUGCUUUUAGAGAUAUAUAUAUAUAUAAUAUGUUUCUUUUGUACCUGGGUGUAUAGUAUUAUAUGCUUAUGUCGUCAGCCAUUUAUUGUCUUCCCAUUUCAAAAGUAUCGGCGAGGAAGGUUAAGCACAAAAUCGAGGGGCAGAUCCUAUUAUGGCCCAGGAAAUCUUAAUUUCGUUUUUUGUGUAAACGCCAUCGUAUUCACACAAUGCUUCUCAAAUUUUUCUGUGUUACUACCAUGUAGACGUAUCUCGUAAUUUAUAGCUAUUAGUAUAUUUAAUUUUUUGAUUCAAAUGAAUAAAACAGAUAGAGAAAUUCAUUAUGUAUUUAUUAAACAAACAAAUAAAAUGAAAUUAAUAUUUGUCAAUAGUACUCCACACGCCUGCCUUGUUAUGGUAAAGAAAGAAGCAAACUAUUAUAGGAAGAAGAAAAUGUCAAUUUACUAUUAAUCAAAUUACAUUUAAACAGCCAAAUUAACAGUUCUCAAUAUUUCCUGUCAGUAACAUAGGAAAGAAACAAUCUAAUAUACCUGUCUUCGUUACAAUAUGGUCAAAUUCUGUCUCUAGUGGAACUUCCAUUAAUUAAAUUUGUAUUUACAAAAUAUAUAAAAAUGUUUCAUAAGAAAAGAAAAGUUUAAGUAUGAUAUAUAGUUGUCGAAUAAACAGAUAUAGCUAUAUUGACAGAAUUUGAUCUUGGAAGACAAUCUGUGACAGAUAAAAGAGAAGAAGAAUGAAGAGUACGUAGUUGAUCUUUUGUUAAAAAAAUAUUCACUUUACUAGAAUUCAACAAAUUGUGUACAUAAUGAAUGCGAGUGUAGGUAAUGUUCCCUAAUUAUGGUGAUGGGCUGUGUAAAUAAAAUUCUAUCGAAAACUAAAGCUUUUACACCAGUUCCAUGUAAUUGGGAUAAACGCUUGACUUUUCUAUUCAAAAGAAAAAGAAUGAAUGUGUGAGCGAGUGAGUGUGGCUCUGUGUGUGCGUGCGCGCGCGCGUGAGAGAGAGAGAGAGAGAGAGAGAGAAAAGAAGAGAAAUAUACUGUUCUUUAUUGAUACGGCCCUAAAUGUUAUAAUUUUUGUGUUAUCGAAAUGACAUAGAAACAAAUAGAAACUAUUCCAUUGUUACAUUAUAAUAUGCCGCGUACCGCAAGUUUACCUUUUUGCUCAGCUUUUGUUAUAGGUGUUUUAUAAUAUAAUGAUAUGGUUUAUUGCCGCUUAUUUUUCUUCUACAGUCAGUGAAUUACGAAUCUGUUAGACAUCUCCGAUUCAGUUCUUCUCUCGAGCCAAUGACAACGUUAAUUAUGUGAACAUGUGGCUACCAAAAAAAAAUUUGUACAUUUUAUAGUUAAGUUUGAUUCAUGUCUUUAUGUUUGUAAAUUAAGCAUUCUAUGUAUGUUUUUUUUUCAUUUAAUUAGUUCAUUUUAACUGAAAUAUGUAUUUUCAUAAAAAAAGCAAACAAAAAGAUAGAAGACGAAUGACCCUCGUUAACGCGACAGGAAAUGAACAUGUGCCUGAUCAUAGAUUAUAAGUUGUAGAGGGCAUUUCAAUUAAUGAGCUGAUGCGUACCGGUCCUUAUUGAAAUAAUAUCAAUUGUAAGUUAUAUCGUUGCGAUGCAUAAUCAUAGAAAAUAUUUUGCGAAAAGUGACCAGCAUUUUGAAUUAUAUAUUUAUAAUGUUCAUUCGUAAAUGUUAACCAUGUUUUAUUUUUCUAAUGUCAGACGCAACGCGAAUGUAUUGUAUUUUUUAAGCAUUAACUGGAAAUGAGUAAAGUCAUUUUGCUCGAUUGUGCAAAAUGCGUCGAAGAAAAGUAAAGUUAUUUUGUUUGCAUUGUAAUUACAAAUUUUUGCCUAUUAUUUUAGCUGAUUCGAUAGAGAAUCGUGAAGAUUUUCAUUCUACCGUUUAUAGCUGUUUCACGCGCAUAGGUAAUAUUAUGUUACUUUUAGAUACAAGUCAUGCAUUUCAUACAGUAUUCAUAAAAAUUAUAACUGAGCCUUCCUCAUUAAAGAAAUAACAUUGUUCAUUGAUGGAAGUAUUAAUGUAUAACGUUUAAACGAAAGAACAAAGAGAAACUUGCGACUACUCUGUUGAGAUGCGAAUUUAAACUUGUGAAAUCAAAACUAAUUGUACACCCCUCGCAUCUUUUUAGUGACGGACAUUGAACAUGUUUCGAAUGCGAAAAGUUUGUCGGUCCUUGCAUACAGAACGAAACGAUUGCAGAAUGGUGCCAAAUUUUAUACCGAUGGAAAUUCUUGCAGUGCACCAAUUCCUCCUUUUAAAGCAAGACAAAAAGGAUCUGUUUCUGUGAACAUGCUCUUAAUAAUAAUAACUUAUUAAAUACGGUAGUUAUAAUAUACUUGUAUUAUCUAAGGCCACGUAUUUGUAGCAAUUCAGAUUUACAACGAUUAUUUUUUCCUGUCUUUUAGAAGGAGAUAAGUAUUUUAGAAAAAUAUCGUCUCUCGUCUAGAAAGAUCUGGAUUCGAUAAGAAUGAUUUCUAAUUUAUAAAUCAUAAUUUAUAAAGUGUAUUAUCACCUAACAGUAGAUGAAAUUUUCUACAACUUUUUUACAGCUGAGAUCACCCGAUGAGACGAUAUCCGUUGAAAAUUCCAAAUAUCCUCUGUUUUCAUCUACUUGUCAUUACAAUAUACGUAUGUAGUAUGCAAGAGGAUAGUAUUAUAAAAGUUAUUUUGUCGGUAAUAUUAAUAGAACAGAAGUAAAUUUGUAUGUUAUAUGUUUCAUAUCAUAACGGGGUUUCUUUGUAAUUACCAUCUGCUUUCUAUUUUGAAACUGCUAUAUCGUGAAACUACUCCAGAUCAUGUAUACACCAUUGUGGGAUUAUUAAUAUUUAAAUAAAACAUCUAAUUUAAUACAGAA